GACCUUUCGCGCACGUCAGAUUCGCACGGUUUGGUCAUUCGAGCACAGCUAUGCUGCAUACGCGUGCAUCUAAGGUGCGUCUGUGGAUUCUCGCGACCGCGACCUCCGGGCUCGCGUUAGCGGCCUAUCGGCCCAUCGACGUCGUGGGUGUGACCGACCCAGUGUUGCUCGCACGCAUCGAAGGGUACAUGCCGCCGAUCUGUUCAUCGCUGUAUGGGGAUAGCGAACACUGGACAGACUGGAGUAUUUGCUCUGCGAAGUGCGGCGCUGGCCAGCAAGUGCGGUACCUUACGAACGCAGGAAUUGAGAACCUGCAAUCGAACGGGUGUGAGAUCUCCAUCGACAAGCGCAACUGCACGGGCACGAUGUGUCCUCGCGAUUGCCAGUACAGCGACUGGCUCGAAAACAACGGAACGAACGGUGGAUGGGGUGUAUGCGACAAGGCCACGGGCUCCCAAGCCCGAAAACGAGUUGAAAUCAUGUCGGCCGCGAACGGAGGCAAGUCGUGCCCUGAGCUGUGGGGGGCACCUACUCAAACCAAGAAUUGCCCGAUCGACUGCGAGGGCAAUUAUGGGCCUUGGGAGACCAAGUGCAAUGGCAAGAACGGCACCGUUACCCGUCCAUUCAUUGUGACCGUGGCGCCACUCAAUGGAGGCGCGGAUUGCCCAGCCCUGUUCGACACGAUGGAUUGCAAUCCUGCCUGCACAGAAAUUCCGUGGGGACAAUACAGCGAGUGCAGCCCCAUCACUGGCAACCGCACCCGGACGCGCGACGUGCCCGUUGACGCCAACUGGCUCAAGAUCACUACGAUUCUCAAAGAGAAUAAAUGCCCCACGAUUGAUGUCCAGCCGUGCAACGUGCACUGCCAACUUGGUAAAUGGACAGAUGAAAAGGUAGCCACGUGCAAUUCGAGUACUGGAUUGAAAACCCUCACGCGGCGCAUCGUCCAACCGGCUCGGUUCUGUGGCACGCCAUGCAACUCAACUGAGCAUGAUACGCUCUUGACCAAGACAGUACCGUGCAACGUCCCGUGCAUCUUGGACUCGUGGGGGCCAUGGACAUGCGACAAGUCGACUGGUCUCGCCACGCGGAUUCGUGCCGUGCUGCAAGCGCCUCUCAACAACGGCACCACUUGUGGAAUCACCAGCCAAACCCAAGAUUGCCGCUCCGUGACGUGCCCUAACUGCGCCAAGACGUGCGAACCCACCGACUGGGUGUCCGAUAACGUGUGCAACGUGACGACGUGUAUGUCCAAGAAAACUCGGACAAGAAAAUACCCUGUCCGGGAUGCCGACAAGCCGUGCAGCUUGGAAGCGUUCGAGCCAUGCACGGCAGAUGCAAUCAUGGGGCCUUGGUCCGCGUGGAGUGAAUGCGACGAACAUGCCAGACGCACGCGGUCCCGCGGGAUUGUGUCCCCAGCUUGCAACUGGGGCGGCGUGGCAAGCCACACCACGGAGACGCAGUCGUGCCAAUCCAUCUGCCUUCCCCGCCACAACCCAUGGCCAGUCGACAAGGACGGUCAAGAAGUGUGGGGACCAUGCAACCAAGCGACGGGGAUGCAAACUCGCCGCCGUGUCAUCGUCAAACCCCCAACCGCCGAUCAAGAGCCAUGUCGGACGUCCGAGUCUCGAACCUGUGCUGUCAACUGUGUUUUGGAUGCAUGGAGCCCUUGGUCCAAGUGCGAAGCCAACAGUGGGCUGCGCAAUCGCACGCGGCGCAUCCUGCAGCCCAUGCUCAACGGUGGAAGUCAAUGUGGGCCUACUCAAGAAACGGAGAAGUGCCCCAUGGCAUGUUUGACCGGAGAGUGGAGCCCUUGGUCCCCGCCAGACGACAAGUGUGUGUGCCACAGCACCCGCGACCAGCUCACUCCAGCGAUCAACGGUGGGCCAUGCAUUCUCAAACAGUUCGAUCCAUCUUGUGUUCAGAACUGUGAGGUCGGGAGCUGGAAUGCUACAGGGAAAUGCCACGUGGCUGGACCUCGCGCUGGGUAUCGGCGGCUGACUCGAUCGGUGCUUGCACGUCCGUGUAACGGUGGUGCUUCCUGCGGCGCGACCGAGUCGUGGGAGCCGUGCGAUGUCCACUGCGCCAUGGGAAAUUGGAGCUCCUUUGGACAGUGCGACCUCGAGACGCAAACGCAAACGGCAGAGCGCACGAUUCUCCAUACAAACUUCGGCAACGGCAAGUCUUGUGGCGCUACAGUCAAGACCCGGCCGUGUGGCGCUUGCGCCGACCUCCUGACGCCGUACCAGUACGGGGUUUGCAACCCCGCGGUGGGGACACGAACUGGCAUUGCGUCGUGGAAAUACCCACCCAAACAAGGACAACAGUGCGCGCUUCGCGUCAAGCAGCGAUGCGCGGUAGACUGCAAGCUGUCUGCUUGGAAGGCUGGUCCAUGCAACGUGCGAGGGCCGCUUGCGGGCAAGAAGUCGUUCACACGAAACGUUUUGGUACAGCCGCUCAAUGGUGGAAAACAGUGUGAAGCAUUGGAAAAAGUAGAGAAGUGCCGAGUUGAUUGCAAACCAACCAACAAGUGGGGGCCAUGGGGCCAAUGCCUGCCGAACGGCCUGAUGAAUCGCACGUUACUGAUUGACUACCCCGCUCAGCAUGGCGGUAGCAACGAUGCUUGCACCGUGAUGGAAUCCAAAGCAUGUGCUGUGGAUUGCAUCAUUGAUACGAGUACUGGUGAAGUCACGCGUGGGUCGCUGAACGGCGGUUUGACGUGUCAAGAGGUUGCCGCGGCGGCAGGGCUCGACGGGGACUACUCGGACGUGAGCGGUUCGUCCCAUUUUUCAGUGUUGGCCAGUCAGCACAAGGAAGUUGUGAUGUCCAUGGUCGCUGCUGGGGGUGUCGGGUUGAUGUUUAUGGUGGGGGCACUCCAGCGUCGAUACCAAGCUCAUCGCCAAAGCUACAGCUCCAUGGCGCAAGCGUGAGCAUAACUCAGGCUGUUGCCGAAGUCUAGUGUUUUGCAUGUGUGCGAUAAUCAAGGGUGUUUGUAUAUCG